UGGCAGAGCCGCCUGCCAGAAGCGAGCUGCUCGCCUGAGUGUGCGUGUGAGCGCGCUGGCGUGGCGAGCGGCAGAAAGAAGCCGCCGCGCUACGUUAAUCUCGCCGCUAGAUUUAUUUACUUCGUGCGCUCCCUCCUUCCUUUCUCUUCCUGUUCGGCGCUUUCCUCUUCCUUGGUCAGGUCCACUCCCUCCCUCAGCGGAUAAGGGUGACUGCUCUGCCUCUUUCGUCCGCGUCUGGCUUGAGCAACCCCUUUCCCCUCGCGGCUGCCUUCCCAACCUGUGCCCAGACCGAGGAGGAUAAUGGUUGGAUGAAGGCAAAGCAGAGGGGGAAAGCAGAUACUUCGAGGCGCCCUUCCCUUGUUUCCCCCUCCCUUUGCAGCGGGACCCCUCGCUCUGCCCGCCUGCUUCUUCCCUUUCUCCGCUCGUCUGGAUGAGGUGUGUGGUCGGGCGGGAGUAGGAGCCACGGCAAGAGGGGGGUGGAGAGGGGGAGGAGGAGGAGGAGGAGGAGGGGGAGGAAGAAGAAAAGGGUGCGCCGCCGGAGAGACCAUGAGGAAAUUUAACAUCAGAAAGGUGUUGGACGGCCUGGCGGGCUCGUCGUCCUCCUCUUCGGCUUCCUCCUCCUCGCAGCAGCAGCUGUCUGCAACCCGGGAGAACGACAUCCAGGAGACCCUCCAGUCUGAGCACUUCCAGCUCUGCAAGACUGUACGCCAUGGUUUCCCCUAUCAACCUUCAGCCUUGGCUUUUGAUCCUGUUCAGAAGAUACUUGCCAUUGGGACUCAAACUGGCGCUUUAAGGCUGUUUGGUCGGCCUGGAGUUGAAUGCUACUGCCAACAUGAUAGUGGUGCUGCAGUAAUCCAGCUUCAGUUUUUGAUCAAUGAGGGUGCCCUUGUGAGUGCCUUGGCUGAUGAUACCUUACACUUAUGGAACUUGCGUCAGAAGAGACCAGCUAUAUUGCAUUCCCUGAAAUUCAACAGAGAAAGGAUAACAUUUUGCCAUCUGCCUUUCCAGAGUAAAUGGCUGUAUGUGGGCACCGAAAGAGGAAAUAUACACAUUGUCAAUGUGGAGUCCUUCACUCUCUCAGGCUAUGUCAUCAUGUGGAAUAAAGCCAUUGAACUGUCAUCCAAGUCUCAUCCUGGACCUGUUGUCCAUAUUAGUGACAAUCCAAUGGAUGAAGGCAAG